UACAUUUUCACACCCCAACACUUAAAUGUGAAGAUCAUACACAAGCCUGGAGACACUUUGGGUAUGUGCAGAACCACUUGGAAACAGCUUGUUUGGCCAUCAACAAAUGGUCUGAUCAUUGCUCCGGGAUCGAUGCGCAGAUUAUGAAGGAGACGGCGAUCACUGUUUUACGGCUACAUCUGUCCACUGCUGACACUGCUACUGUCACAGGUAAAGAAGAAGACCUCAUGACAACCCUGACGUUUUGGUUUUCCCUGUACGCCCCUCUUGGCAUUCUUGUAGUAGGUGUCACCGGUAAUGUUCUUUCAUUCCUUCUCCUGUCUCAAAACCAGUACAAGUCAUCAUCUACAUGUUUUUACAUGAAAGUACUGGCGAUAUUUGAUUCCAUAUUUCUUAUCACAUGGACAACUUAUGACCAUUUCAAAAUAUGGACCAACCCGUUUCUUGAGUCGCGAACAUUCAUUUGUGCACUUCUGAAUUCUUUGAAGCGGGCCAUCCCAGCGGUUUCGUCCACUCUUCUCACCACGAUGUCAGUUGACCGCUUUCUGGCGGUAGCUGUACCCCUAAAGGCUAGGAGUUGGUGCAACGUUGGCAGGGCUAAAAUAGCAACUAGUCUAAUUAUUGGACUACUUUUAGCCAUUCAUGUACCCAUACCUUUCGUCAGGUCCUACAAAACUCUUGAAGAAGACUGCCAGUUACAAGGCUCAGUUUCACAAUGGUCACAUCUGUACGCCAACUUCAGACUCGUCACAACUUUCUACAUACCUUUGAUUGUGCUAUUCAUAUCCAAUUUGUGUAUCGUUUGCUUCGUAAAGAAUAAUAGACGCAAUAUGCAGAAACUUCAAGGGGUUGACGCGGGCCAAAACACGCAGCAGGAAGGCCACAUCACGCUCAUGUUACUUGCAGUGACAGCUAGCUCAUUCGUAUUCCUCAUACCAUUCCAAGUAGCGAGGUUAUACUACCGCUAUGCCUUCACGGGACCUAUUACUCAGAAAUCAAGAACAGUCUUUGAUUUUAUCAGUUCCUUUACUGGAUUUUUUCAGUAUUGUAAUUAUGGAAUGAAUUUCUAUGCGUACACCUUACCCAUUGCAAAGUUUCGGCGAGAAUUACAGGUUAUGAUUCGAUGCUAUAAAAAAUGAACUGUACAUUGAUAUGGACAAAAUACAACAUCCCCGCGAGAGCAGUUUGACAAAACUGACUCAUAAGGUUAUGAAGAAGGUGUCGUAGCGAAUAGCUCGGAAUGUUCAGCCUGCGCACUCCCUAAAGAUGCAACCCUUUAAAAAAGCCAAAUUAACCAUUAACAGUGAUUAUCGUGACACGUUUUGCUUUAAUGAUUGUUUUGCGUGACAGGUUAUGUGGCGUAAAGUUUUGCGUUGCCAUGUCAUUGCAGGACGAACAGAAAGCACUGUUGCUCAGGGUAAGCACAGCAAUGAAAACAACAUAGGGGUGAUCGGUGUGGGGCGUUACCAAGGAAAGGUAACAUCAUAAAGCAAGGAUUUAUGUGAGAACGAACUACUGGUGUUUACGAGUUGAUGGCUAUUUCUACCAUAAAUAUCGUGGUUGGUCGACAUAAUUAUAAAAGAGCUGACCGGCGACUUUACCCGGAUCCAACUCGGCGUGCACUGCAUUCAUGUAUAGCUGGCCUGCUGUGGUAACAUUGUAUUGUAUAUUUUCUGUUGACUGACGGCGUGAUGCCUGCCGGUGUCAGAAUAUGGGAGUUUUUCUAUUACCGUGUCCGUUAACAUGGUCAAAGUGUCCAACAGGAGCUUCAUCCCGUGAGUGAUCAAGUCAACCUGUGUAGAGCUGGUGGCUCAUGAUCCAAUGAUACUGCCAUUCGUGACCCCAGAUCGGCCAAUAAUGCGCCACCCGUUCGUGCUGCCUGUCUGGCUGGUGUUCAAAUGAGGGGCAGCAGCAGCCUCACCAUGU